GCAUGAAGCCUCCAUCUCUCAGCUGCAUGCAUAGUCACUCUUGAAGCAAAUGCCUACCUAAUUUGACAGUCUCAGUGUGUUUAAAAUUUUUUGAGUUUGCAAAUAAGCUUAUUAAGCUUACUGAUGGAGCCUUCCGGCAGUGAACAGUUAUAUGAGGACCCUGAUCCUGGAGGCAAAUCCCAAGAUGCAGAAGCCAGGAGGCAGACAGAAUCAGAACAAAAGUUAUCUAAAAUGACCCACAAUGCUCUGGAGAACAUUAAUGUGAUUGGCCAAGGCUUGAAGCAUCUCUUCCAGCACCAGCGCAGGAGGUCAUCAGUGUCUCCACACGAUGUGCAGCAGAUUCAGACAGAUCCAGAGCCUGAAGUGGAUCUGGACAGUCAGAACGCAUGUGCUGAGAUUGAUGGUGUCUCCACCCAUCCCACAGCUCUGAAUCGUGUUCUCCAGCAGAUCCGAGUGCCACCCAAGAUGAAGAGAGGGACAAGCUUGCAUAGUAGGCGGGGCAAAUCAGAAGCCCCAAAGGGAAGUCCCCAAAUCAACAGGAAAUCUGGCCAAGAGGUGGCAGCUGUUAUACAAUCAGGUCGACCCAGGUCUUCAUCCACAACUGAUGCUCCUACCAGCUCUUCUGUGAUGGAAAUAGCCUGUGCUGCUGCUGUGUGUGUACCUGGAGAGGAGGCAACUGCAGAACGGAUCGAACGUUUGGAAGUAAGCAGCCUUGCCCAGACGUCCAGUGCAGUGGCCUCCAGCACCGACGGCAGCAUCCACACAGAGUCUGUGGAUGGAAUACCAGAUCCUCAGCGCACAAAAGCUGCCAUUGCACACCUGCAGCAGAAGAUCCUAAAGCUCACAGAACAGAUCAAGAUUGCACAGACAGCCCGAGACGACAACGUUGCUGAGUACUUGAAGCUUGCCAACAGUGCAGACAAGCAGCAGGCUGCUCGCAUCAAACAGGUGUUCGAGAAGAAAAACCAGAAAUCUGCACAGACCAUUCUCCAGCUGCAAAAGAAGCUAGAGCAUUACCACCGAAAGCUCCGUGAGGUGGAACAGAAUGGGAUCCCCCGGCAGCCCAAGGAUGUCUUCAGGGACAUGCACCAGGGUCUGAAGGAUGUGGGUGCAAAGGUGACUGGCUUCAGUGAAGGGGUAGUGGACAGUGUCAAAGGUGGAUUUUCCAGCUUCUCCCAGGCUACCCAUUCAGCUGCAGGGGCUGUCGUCUCCAAACCCAGAGAGAUUGCCUCACUGAUUCGGAACAAAUUUGGUAGUGCAGACAAUAUCCCUAACCUGAAAGACUCGUUAGAGGAAGGACAAGUAGAUGAUGGGGGAAAGGCUUUAGGGGUGAUUUCAAAUUUUCAGUCAAGUCCAAAAUAUGGUAGUGAGGAAGAUUGUUCUAGUGCCACUUCAGGCUCAGUAGGAGCCAACAGUACCACUGGGGGCAUUGCUGUAGGAGCAUCCAGCUCCAAAACAAACACUCUAGACAUGCAGAGCUCAGGGUUUGAUGCACUACUGCAUGAGAUCCAGGAGAUCCGGGAAACCCAAGCCAGAUUGGAGGAAUCCUUCGAGACCCUCAAGGAGCAUUAUCAGAGGGACUACUCCUUAAUAAUGCAGACCUUACAGGAAGAGCGGUAUAGAUGUGAACGACUAGAAGAGCAACUGAAUGACCUGACAGAGCUCCACCAGAAUGAGAUCCUGAACUUAAAGCAGGAGUUGGCCAGCAUGGAAGAGAAAAUCGCCUAUCAGUCAUAUGAACGAGCCCGGGAUAUCCAGGAGGCUCUGGAGGCCUGUCAAACCCGAAUUUCCAAGAUGGAGCUGCAGCAGCAACAGCAGCAGGUGGUGCAACUGGAAGGGCUGGAGAAUGCCACUGCCCGAAACCUUCUGGGCAAACUCAUCAAUAUCCUCCUUGCUGUCAUGGCAGUCCUCUUGGUCUUUGUGUCCACAGUAGCCAAUUGUGUGGUCCCCCUCAUGAAGACACGCAACAGGACGUUCAGCACUUUGUUCCUUGUGGCUUUCAUUGCCUUUCUUUGGAAGCACUGGGAUGCCCUCUUCAGCUACAUGGACCGGCUCUUCACGCCCCCCAGAUGAUGCCGGCCCAGAAAGCAGUGCUCCUCACCGUCUGGAGUGCAUGCCAAGAGAGCUAGACAGCAGCAUUACCCACUCUGAAGUUUUCUACAAGAGAGUUGAGUGAAUCUGUUUACAUUUAGAAUAAUGUUUUUUUCUUCAAGAGACGCAAUUGCAAUAGUAUUUUUUAGAUUUUAUCCAAGAAGUUUUUUGGGCAAAAAUCUUGGAUCAUUUUUAUGUAGCAUGAUUUUCCUUGGGAUGCAAAUCUGAAACAGUCCUUUAACAUGAACAGUCUACAACACACUGAAGGGCAUUCUGAAUUGAAGCUUGGAGAACUGCACUAAACCCACUAAACAGAUGCAAAAACCUGACCAGGCCCAACACCCACCCUGCCUGGGUUCCUCUCCUCAUCCAGACUAACUCUACUGUGAAGUCCCACCACAUUCCAGGUUGGAAUUUUAGAUUCAGGGUGGAUUUUCCCUGCCGUGGAAGAACACAGGCAUCUCCCUAGCUUUCUCACGCUAACCCUGAAGUAUGAUCACUUCUGAACCUGCUCCUUUCUUAACUGCCGGGAUUGGAAGCAAGAGCAUCAAGCCCAUAGGAUGACUGCACAAUCCUGUUCAGUAUUGUGAAGUAGCCCUUAAUCCUAACUUUUAAGCAAAAUCCCUUGGCCGCACUUUUAAGGUUUGGUUGUUUUUUUAUAUAUAUAUGUGUAUAGUUACCAACUUAAAAAUAAAAAAUCCGAACAACAUACUUGAAGAAUGUAA